GAGGCUGACGUGCAAAAGAAGGCGGGAAGCAUGUCGGUCACUGAAGUGUCAGCAUCAGGGCAACACCUGGAUCUGGAUCUACAGGAUUCAGACGGCAAGGACCGUCUGCAAAUCGGCACAUAUACAGGUGUUUCAGAGGCGGAGAAGCAACUAUCGUUUUUAGCUGACGUUGCUGUGGCGCCAUCCUGUGGUAAAUAUGGGUGCUGCAGCUGCCCAGACUUGAGCCAGGUUGAGAAAAGCAUCUGGCUGCAGCUCCAGUUCUUCUUGAGCAAAACAGAUUGCGUACUUGACUGCCUCAUCCAGGGGCAGAAGUGUGUAAGCAGGGACACUGUAGUUACUGCUGUGCAGAAUUUCCUGUACACCUGUCAGCCUUUCUUUAACCACCUGGAACACCUAACCAGAAGCAUCGUGUCCCAAAGCAACCCUCUGCCAGCUGAGAGUUGCACAAGGCUGUUGGACUUCUCACAGCAGCUGUGUGACAAGUUGGAGCAGAUGCUGCUGAGGUGUUCCAGCUACAAUCUUCUCAGUUUGGAUGAGAAGGAGCCCCAAAGCGUGUCUCAGUUCUGCAUCGGCCAGAGUCAGCUCGGCCACCUGAGGCUGACCGUUUUCCGUUACUGUGUACCCACGCCGUACCUCUCCCAGGUCAACACGGGGCUGUACAAACGCAUGCGCUGGAACGUGGAGAAACUCCACAACGAUGAAGAGAAAGAGGCAGAAACUGAUUACUACUUCCUGUGCUGUGAGGAUUUCAGGCCACACAGAGAGGCUGAUGAUAGCUGCAGUCAUGAUGAUCUGAAGGGGAUCUGGUCCAUUGGUCGCUGGGUGCAGGUGGACCCGGAUCCCAACUCAGAUGAUAUAAAUGACUGGAUCUUGUGUGAGGUCCCUCUGGCCAACUACCACAGACUCUUGUUUCUGGGUGAGGACGAGCCGUCUAGCUGCAAGGCUACAGACUCCCUGAUGAAGCUGCUUUUGACUCUGGAGACAGAUUAGCAACGAGCAUCGUUUUGGUGCCUUAUACAAGACCUAAGAAACUGUUCAAGGUUUAAAGUACGUUGAAUGCAGCGUGUUGCCGAUUCAUCUGCAUCCAGCUGAUGCGAGACGUUUGAACAUCUAGUUUCAGUUUGGACGUCAGAGCAAGAAUUAAGUAUUUGUGUGUUUCCGUGUUGUUUGCGAUACGUGACCACUUCACUGGUUGGUCACAGUGACUGCAUUCAGGCAUGCUACUUUUACGUUCACCGCUUCAUUCAGACACUCCUGCAGCAGUGAU